AUGUCACGUGACCCAUUAUCUGGGCCAUCAUCACGCGCGUUCCCCGGAGAUAUUCUACUUUCAUAUCAAGUUGGUUGGACAACAGGCGGUGAGAAAUGGGACGGCAACGAUCUAAACGGCCAUCCAGUGCCGAUAUGCCAGGUACGUUCAGCAUCUGCACCCCGUAUUGCUCUCAAUGCUCCAACGAAUCAUCAAAAUGCAAAUAUCCUGAAAGCGGCAAAAGAGCAGAGACUUGCAGAGACUGAGUCGGCCCUUUAUGGUGCUCUCGUGACAUUGAGCUCAAUGGGACCAACUACUACUCUGCUCCAAGCUACCAUGAAGCCGGAUUCACUACAAAAAUCGAAAGCUGCACGAAUGGACGAAUGGACGCGAAUGCCGCUUCGAGAUUGGCCCGACAUUUACCACUGGAAGGCAUCCAUGUGCGAUCAAUUUACCCUUAAUCAGUCGCAAGAGGUACCGCUCGUGGAUCACUUGACAGCUAGCCAUGCCAUUUCAGCUUCGCCUGCUGCUACUACCAUCCACAGUCACAGCCCACAAGGUGAAUUAGAAACUUCGGGGCCAGCUAGCUUUGCGUGGCACCCAGGCGAAGAUGUCAACAUGGGCAGUCCCUAUAACGCCUAUUUUCGACCCCACGGGGUGGUUUCUUCUCCGACAUAUUUGAGGGACCCAGCUCCGGGUCCAGCAAAGACCAUAAGUAAUCCAUUUCCUGACUUUAGUACCGCCACGGUGACGGGCAAUAGUGGGAAAGAAGACGAGCAUUCCACGAUGGCGGAUGAGCUAUCUAAGAGCAAGCCUAGCAUAUACUUCUGA